AUGGCAACUAAGAACCUCGACUCCUUCAACACUACCUUCCACUCAUUGGACGAAAACAAUGAUCCGCUAUUCUACGUCUGCUGGCGGAGACAGUCAUGCCAAGGUUGUUUAGCAGGCGAUGCACCUUGUAGUUGGUGCGCUAUCUCAUCCACCUGCGUUCCUAACCAACACCAUCUCCCAAUUUUCUCACCGUUCCACUCUUCCAGCAUCUGUCCUCUACCAACAGAGCAGUGGGAAAUUCGGGCCUUGCCCUUCGGAUGCAAUGUUAGCACCAUCACCCUUCUUACGGCAAUAGUAUCUAUCCUCGGAACCCUGGCUGCUAUCGGAAUAGGGUUUUUUAUCAGCUGGUUCAUCAAAAGGGUUGGGGGGUGGAAGAAGGCAAAAAAAAAUAGAGCACGCAGGAAUACAGCUUCUAGACGAGCGACGGAUGGUAGCAGCGCUGGUGGUGAUGAGGGUUAUCUCCAUAUCGAUGAUCCCGAGAGAAGACCGUUGCUGGGAUAG